AUGUCUCCAACUCUGCAACAAGCCCCAGAAAUGCAGAGCAGCCCAUUGCAUAAACAGUACGAAAAGGCCAGCGACACGUACCUCACCAAUAAUGUCCUGGAUCUGUUUUCUCUUAGCAACAGGGUGAUCGCAAUCACCGGAGGAGCACAAGGAAUCGGCCUGGCGCUGGCUUUCGCAUGUGCCGAAGCGGGAGCAAAAGUUGCUCUUAUUGACGCAAAGGCUGAACCACACAAAGACUUUCAUAUCCUCGAGAAACAGUGCGCCCAGCUGGGAAUGUACCAAUCCGACGUGACAGACUUCGACCGCUUGAGCAAUACAUUUGACGAGAUUUUAAGAGAUUUCGGACGUCUUGACGGCUGUAUUACUGCAGCCGGCAUAUGCCCGGACGAGCCAUUCCUGUCGAGGAAGCCGGACAGUGUGCGGCGUUGCUUUGAUAUCAAUGUCCUCGGUACAUAUUUUACGGCGCAGCUGGCGGCAAAGCACAUGAUCCAGAGCUCGCCCAGCAGCAUCGACACUGCAAAUGGGUCCAUUGUGAUGAUUGGAUCGGUUGCUGCUCAUCAGGCUAGUAUCGCACAGUUUCUCAGCGACUAUUGCUCCAGCAAGGGUGCUGUGGUGUCACUAGCAAAGGAGCUGGCUGUCGAGCUCGCCGACUCAGGAAUCCGGGUCAAUGUCAUCUCGCCAGGCUAUACAAGGACGGAUUUGACCGCUGUGCUCGCCAAGACGAGACCAUCUCUUGCUAAUAUUUUCUCUUCCGAGCCUCCAAUGAGACGCAUCGGCGAUCGAACAGAUCUCAAGGGCGCUGCGCUGUACCUCCUCAGCAGCGCUAGCGCAUACAUGACUGGCGGAGAACUAUUGAUCACAGGUGGCCUUCAUGCCGGACGGAAGCUUUAA